CAAAAACUCCCGUAAAUUACCAAACACGCGCUGCCACCGACCGAUCAGGCGACCCCCCCUCCUCCCCGAGGAAAUCCACCACCGCGGCCGGGGCCUCCAGAUCUCGCCGGAGGCAGCUGCAGCGGCGGCGGCGGCGGGGGGCGAUGGCGCUCAACAUGAAGACCCUCACGCAGGCGCUGGCCAAGGCGUCGGCGGUGAUCGAGAAGACGGUGUCGACGACGGUGCAGGAGGUGACGGGCCCGCGCCCGCUGCAGGACUACGAGCUGCUGGACCAGGCCGGGUCCGGCGGCCCCGGGCUCGCGUGGCGGAUCUACACGGCGCGGCCGCGGGACGGCGCACCCUCGGCGCCCUACCCGGUCGUCUCCGUCUGGGUGCUCGACAAGCGCGCGCUCGCCGAGGCGCGGGCGCGGGCGGGGCUGUCCAAGGCUGCCGAGGACGCCUUCCUCGACCUAGUCCGCGCCGACGCGGCGCGGCUCGUGCGCCUGCGCCACCCGGGCGUGCUCCACGUCGUGCAGGCGCUCGACGAGACCAAGGCCGCCAUGGCCAUGGCCACCGAGCCCGUCUUCGCCUCCGUAUCCAACGCGCUCGGGUGCCUGGACAAUGUCGGCAAGGUUCCCAAGGAGCUCAAGGGAAUGGAAAUGGGGCUACUUGAGAUUAAACAUGGACUGCUACAAGUUGCAGAGACGUUAGAUUUUCUUCACAACAAUGCUCAUCUUGCCCACCGAGCUAUAUCGCCCGAGACGGUCUUUAUAACUUCUAGUGGGUCUUGGAAGCUUGGUGGGUUUGGUUUUGCUCUUUCGAUUGACCAAGCUACAGGAGGUUUGACUUCAUCACCGCAAUUCCAUUAUUCGGACUAUGAUGUUGAGGAUACAGCUUUACCUCUUCAACCAUCGUUGAAUUACACUGCACCGGAAUUGGUCCGAAGUGGAGAUUCUAAAAUUGGCUCUGCUUGUGACAUGUUUAGCUUUGGAUGUCUGGCUUACCACCUGAUUGCUCGAAGACCACUUCUGGACUGCCAUAGCAAUGUUAAAAUGUACAUGAAUGCCUUGACGUAUUUAACAAGUGAAGCCUUUUCUAAUAUCCCUUCUGAUUUGGUGUCGGAUUUGCAAAGGAUGCUGUCAAUGGAUGCAGUAUCACGCCCUAGUGCUAUGGCCUUUACAGGCUCUUCUUUCUUCCGGAAUGAUACGAGGUUGCGCGCUCUUCGUUUCCUGGACCAUUUGCUUGAGAGAGAUAAUAUGCAGAAGACAGAGUUUUUGAAGGCACUAUCAGAUAUGUGGAAGGAUUUUGAUUCCCGAGUUCUUCGAUAUAAAGUCCUUCCCCCACUUUGUGCUGAGCUACGCAACAUGGUUAUGCAGCCAAUGAUUUUGCCCAUGGUUCUGACAAUAGCAGAAUCUCAGGACAAAGGUGAUUUUGAGCUUUCAACACUGCCUGCACUUGUUCCAGUGUUUACUUCAGCAUCAGGCGAAACACUUCUUUUGCUUGUGAAGCAUGCGGAUCUCAUUAUUAACAAGGCCACCCAGGAACAUUUGAUAUCACAUAUUCUUCCAAUGCUGGUCCGGGCUUUUGAUGACAAUGAUCCCCGGCUACAAGAAGAAGUUCUGCGUCGAACAGUGCCACUGUCUCGUCAACUUGACAUCAAGCUAGUAAAACAGGCUGUCCUUCCACGUGUACAUGGAUUAGCUCUAAAGACUACAGUUGCUGCGGUGCGUGUAAAUGCCUUACGCUGUUUAGGAGAUCUUGUGCCAUCCUUGGACAAAGAAGGUAUACUGGGAAUCUUGGAGACUGUUCGGCGUUGCACAGCUGUUGACCAUUCUGCGCCGACUCUAAUGUGCACACUUGGUGUUGCAAACGCAAUCUAUAAACAAAGUGGUGUUGAGUUUGCUGCCGAAUAUGUGAUUCCUCUCAUCUUCCCGUUGCUCACAGCACAUCAACUAAAUGUACAACAAUUUGCCAAGUACAUGCUAUUUGUAAAGGAUAUCACAAGCAAGAUUGAAGAGAAGCGGGGUGUGACUGUCACAGAUAAUGGGCAUGCAGAGGUAAAAGCAUCACCUUCAUUGGCAAAUGGGAUUCACUCUGACCCUAUCUCAAGAGGGGUGGGUAAACCUGCACAAAUACCAGCUGCAAAGAGCACCCCUGCAUGGGAUGAAGACUGGGGUCCUAGUAAGAAAACCAGUGCUCCAUCUCUCUCUGUUGAUUCAAGUGCACAAACAAAGCAACCAUCGGCUGACCCUUUUGACUUCAGUACUCAAACAAAGCAACCCACAGCACUCUCUUUUGAUUUCAGCACUCAAACAAAGCAGCCAUCAUUAAUUUCACAGGUUACAGCAGCUACAAUCCCACCUGCGCAACCACUUCCAUCGCUGCAAUCUCUUGCACCCAGUUCAGGACCUCAAACUUCUGGCUCAUGUGUUCCUGUUGACAUUGAGUGGCCUCCUCGUAGCAGCUCAUCAUCUGACUUCAAUGCACCCUUGUCUGUUAACAAGGAGAAUGGUUCUGGAAGUCUGUCUAGUGAUGGGCUUGAUGGUAUUGAUCCUUUUGCCGAUUGGCCACCAAAACCUAGCAGUGCUACCAGCAUUUCAGCAAAUGAGCAUCGGCCAAACACAAAUCAAAAUGUUUCUGGAUUUAGCUCAGGAAACAUAGGGUUUGGUGGCAGUGGAAAUUCUCUAGGGCAAAUGAAAAGCAACCAGAUGAGCUGGUCCAACACGUCCAAUUUAAUGGGCAUGAACUCAACUGGCAGCUAUUUGAACCAGGGCAACACAGCUCUAGGGUUCGGAAAUCCAAUUGGAGGACUGAGCACAGGUCUCUCAAAUCCAAGUAGUUCCAGUGCUGGCCAGAGCAUGAUGCAGCCAAAAUCUGAUUUUGGAUCACUGUCCAUGACGACCAACAAUGCCGCUCAUGGCCCACCCAGGCUUGCCCCUCCUCCAUCCGCUGCUGUUGGAAGAGGGCGUGGUAGAAAUCAAGGACAGUCAGCACUCUCCCGAGCAUCACGGCCCCCUAAUUCCAACUCUUCAUCAGGACAACAACCUAUCCUUGAUUUACUUUAGUAUAAGAGAGGAUGGCCGAUGUUCUUCUUUUCUCAAAUGUCAAUUUGUACAUCUUCAAACCUUUUGGAUGGUAAGCAUGAUAUUGUUGUUUUGGUCAUGCAUGCGGCCAAAGUGUAUUCUCUUGUCAGUUUGAAGCUGGAUGGUAGGUUUAUGGUCCGAAGGAAGCUGCUUCGGGAUCUUGCAGAGGUUACAUUUUCUCUUGCUUAGGAUUUUUAUGUCAGCAUGGAGGCCAUCUCCAUAUUGGUGAGACAAGAAAUGUUGUUGUGUAUAUCUCCCCGUCCAAAACUCGGCUGUAGCUUGUAGAGUUGGUGAAUAUAGUCAGACAUGUUUAUCUGGGCUAUGAAGUUUUGAAUGCUUAUAGUGUACCACCAUAUUUAAUGGGCCUUAUAGAUGGACCCUGUUCAUGUACUCCACACUGCCCAGCUUGAUAUAAUUCAUUUGUUCUGUAAAGGGGCCCAUGUUGUGUAGUGCUCAAACUAAGGCCGUCUGCAAUUCUGGUCCGAUGUUGUUUGGAUUCACUGUCGUCGAUAAAACCACAUUUGUUAUUGUACCCCAUAACUGUGUAAAGUAGAUCUUCAUGUU